CGGUGUUGUCACAGAAUUAUGAAAGUUCCUGGUCAAAGAGAGACGAAAGACAAAAAUAUUAAACCAUGCAGUUUAUGUGAAGAUUAUGAUAUAACAACAAAUGCAGAUGGGUUUUGCGUAGAAUGUGAAGUCAACAUUUGCAAUUCAUGUUUUAUGAAACACAAAGGACGUAAGAAUAAUAGAAAUCAUUCCUUAGUAUCAGUCGAUGAUUCGAGUUCGGUACAGGUAAUGGUUGGUGAUACGUAUGAAACAUGUCAAGAGCAUGAUGGAGAGUUUGUGAAGUUUUAUUGUCCAAAGCACGAACAAGUUGGCUGUGGAGAAUGUGGCGUUUUAAACCAUAAUGAAUGCAAGUUGGAAUUCAUUCGAGACAAAGUUACUGCCUUUAGUACAAGCCAAGAUUCUAGAGAUAUCAUACAAGAGAUAACUAGGUGCAAGAAAGAGGCUGAAGAUAGUGCCUUAUUACUUGUGAUCAACAGACAACAUAUUGCCGAAUUCUAUGAGCAAUUUGUUUGUGACGUAGAGGCAUUCGCAGAUCAUGUGAUUGAGCGUAUACAAAUAAUGAAAUCUAGCGUUCUGAAUCAGGCAAAGGAGGUUAUGUUGAACGACAAGAAAAAAAUGGACGAUCUACAGAAGCAGACCGACGACAUAAUAGCAGAAUUGUCACGUCAAAACAAUAUGCUAGAAUCAAAAAUUAAUCAGCAGAACAAGUUUUUCGUAGCUUCUCUGCAAGUAAAGUCGUUUUUGAAAAAUACGAAGAGAAAUGUAGAUAUUGUAAAAAAGAAAAAUAUCGUGACUCAGUAUAAAUUCAAGCCUGACGAAAAACUUUCUGAAUCAAUUAAAGAAAGCAAUGUGAUUGGGUCGCUCAUUGAACUGUCAGAAAAUAUUCAACAACAUCAAGAUGAAUUCAGGCAAACUUAUCUGGCUGAUAAAAGGCAAGUUCAAGAUCCUUUACUUCAAAUUCAAAAUCCUUUACCUCAGCAUGCAAAGAGUAAGAGCAGAACCAAAGAGACUGAUAAAGAAUUGGCAGUGGCAUGUGAAAGAGAAGACACGACGAGGGCAGUAGCGAACCAAAAGCUUCAAUCAUUACAUGACAGGAAACUAGUUUGCAGAAAUCUAAAAAUAGAUGGCGAAUGUCUCAGUUAUGCCGCAUACGAAAGUAAAGCUAUUGGAUUGUAUGUGUUCAAGGAGAAUGUGCGUGCGGGAACAUUCUUUGAAGUUGAAAUAUUAAGCAUGGGUGAAAGCGGGUCGUUAGCUAUUGGUGUAGUGACAGAUAACUGUCCUGACGAUCUUCUACCGGGCGUAGGCAAUAAUUCCGUUGGAUACUAUUCAGACGGCAAGGUGUAUACAGAAAGCAAAUCCGGUAAAAAAUCUGGUGAUGCAUGGAAAGUCGGCGAUCGAAUCAAGUGCGAAGUUGUUUUGUAAGUAUUUAGUAU